ACUUCGAGCUCAUUGGUACGAAAGCUCCAAGAGACGAUGGAUGAUUGGUUGGCUGCCGUUCCCGCCCCCGCGCCAGUCGCCAUUUUGCAGAGGGGAGCCGAAAUCCGAAAGGCAGUGGUGCGGGUAACGGUGCCCUGUGCGGCGGCAGGUAACAGAAUUCAGUCACAAUGGGGAACGUUUUUGAAAAACUGUUUAAAAGUCUGUUUGGGAAAAAAGAGAUGCGGAUUCUUAUGGUGGGUUUGGAUGCAGCUGGAAAAACCACCAUCUUGUAUAAAUUGAAACUGGGAGAGAUUGUGACUACCAUCCCUACAAUAGGUUUCAAUGUGGAAACGGUAGAAUAUAAAAAUAUCAGCUUCACAGUCUGGGAUGUUGGUGGCCAGGACAAAAUCAGACCUUUGUGGCGACAUUAUUUCCAGAACACCCAAGGCCUGAUUUUCGUGGUUGACAGUAAUGACAGAGAGCGGGUCAAUGAGGCCCGAGAAGAACUAACCAGAAUGUUGGCAGAAGAUGAGCUCAGAGAUGCAGUUUUAUUGGUGUUUGUAAAUAAACAGGAUCUUCCGAAUGCUAUGAACGCAGCGGAGAUAACAGACAAGCUCGGCUUACAUUCCCUCCGCCAGAGAAACUGGUACAUUCAGGCCACUUGUGCCACCAGUGGAGAUGGGCUUUACGAAGGCCUGGACUGGCUCUCCAACCAGCUCAAAAACCAGAAGUGAUCGGAAGCGAUCCCUUCCCCGUGCGUUGUGGCAAAGUCAGCUGGCCUCUUCUGUGUGCGUGCGUGCGUGCGUGCGAGGAGCUGAGUGUGGGUGUGUGGCUGGGAGCGGGAGCAGCUUUCUCACACUGUGCCUUAUACAUGCUGUAAGAAAACCAGUCUUAGGUGUGAAGAAAAACCAGUGUUACAUGUGAAAUGCUACCUUCCACUUCAGUAGCUCCGGCGCUCAGCCUGGCCGCGGGUGGAGGGCCCCCGGGGGCUUCCUGGUGCACGCUCGCCAGAGCCGUCUCCACAGCGGGCAGGAGGCGGGGAGCUGGCUGGGGGCUGAGUGGAGCUGGCAGAGCCGGGGCUGGCGUCUCCGCACAGCUCGAGUCCCCUUAGACGCUGGUGUUCUUUUGUAAGCAGGAAGGGCCCGUCCUUCUUGCCCAUCACUGCCAGAGCUAGCAACUCACUUGUCAGUGCUUUAAAGCAAAAGAUCCUCAAGAGGAAAAAGGCACUUGCUUCCUGCAGGUUUGAAGUUCAGAUCUGAACUUUUCCCUUAAGUUAUUUUCUUCCUGGUGUAAUGUGCUUCAUUUAAAGGAACUCGAGGUCUUUUUCAUUAGAGUGUCAAGUCUCCAUAACACUAGAAAAUUGUCCAGUCCUUUCCUCAUGCUAGUUCCUUCCCGUUUGCCUCUUAUUUGCCCGAUGGAGACCAUGUGGGGUAAGUAACCCAGCGGGAGGCCGAGGUUCUUGGCCACAGGGUCCUGCGGAGGGGCAGGCGUGUGUCCCUGCGUCUGUCUCCCCUUCUCAGGUUUCAGGCUCCUGAGGCUGCUGCUCCCACUUCUCUGUCCCAUGCUAAUGUGCUGUGCUCAAAGCGGGAGGUUCACUCCUGUGAUGGAAUCGUCGCCAAGUUCAGGAUCUCCCUUCAACUUUCGGUUUUGGUCUGUUUCUGUUCCCAGAACCACACACCUGUGAGUUCUGCGAGUGAGAGAGGGUUGAGAGCUUCCUUUGGGGUCGAGAUGAAAUUCCCGGCCACCCCUGUGACUGCCCCUGAGUCGGUGCUCACUUUUGAUAUGAAAAUGUCUCCUCCGGACCGCUCUCUGCGGCGCCCGCUCCCCCUCCCGGAUGGCAAUAAUGUCCUACGUGGAAACGUGCUUUAUGUGGUCCUCAGAAUGUUCAUGAAAAUGGCCUGGAGGUGAGCUUGGUUUCACGUGGUAGUCUAGAGCUCGUUUGGCCAGACAGCUGUUGACCGGAUGUGUACCUGAGCACUUCCACUACGUGACCCUGGAGAAGUCCUUUUUCAAAAAAGCUUCUUAUUCAAAUUACAGAGGAGGGGAAUGUAAGGUGAACUUGAACUAAAGUAACCCUUGUUUAUUGAUAAUAAUGAAGUCGAUACUCCCAGGAAGAGAUUUCCUGCCACGAUCAACGUGGGGUGUGAUGUUUUUCUGUAAGAUGUUGACCCUAAAGACUGUUCAUUGCAAUACUGGCAUCCAAGUCCCGAUUUGGUUUUUAACCCUGGAACAGUUCCUGAGAGAUUUAAGUUGUGCGCCUCAAAUGGGCAGGGACUGUGUCCUCUACUUUUGUAUUUGUGCUUAGUACGGUGUACCUAGUACAGUGCUAGGCCUCGUUUAACAAUUGUCGGUCGGUUGGACAAUAAAGAACUUGCUUUGGAAGGAG